AUGCUAUCCGCCACCUUCCUCGCCCUUGCCACUCUGGCCGCCGCAUCCCCCAUCACACCUCGUCAAAGCGGCAAUGCUCCUUUCAGCUGGGGAAAAGCGUACUCUCUCGUUGUCAAUGUCACCGAUAUAAGCACCGACUUCCAGUCCAACCCUGUCCACAGACUCAAGGUUGUCGGGGUCCAUGCCGGAGCAGGCCUCAAUUCUCCCACCGUCACCUUCAAUCCCGAGUCUCACGGCGAUGUCUUUUUCAAUUCGCUCACGGACCAUACGGUCCGGCUCUCUGGCGGCACCCCAUCCCUCCCGCCCAUGGGCGUAAAGCUCUACGACAACAACCCCUCUGCCGGGAACCCGCCAUUCCUGCACGAGCUGGGAUUCAACUUUGGCAACGGAACCUGGGGGUUCGGCGCGUCCGCCGGUCCGCUCAACCCCCGCCCGUGCCCGCAGUUGUGGGCGCCUCUCGAAGGCACCUUUGUUGUGUGCGACCGCGGUAUUGACGCGCCAACUUAUCCGCGUUUCGCGGUGCAGUUUGUCGAGGGCCAGGCCAACUCGGGAACUCAUACAUGGUACCAGCCAGAGCCCCACAUCCCGGCCAACUGUGUUGCCGUCAAGCUCGUGCCCGAGUGUGCGACGCCGAGCGAGAAUGACGGGAAGAGCAGCAACGGAGAUGUGGAAGUGGAGAACGUGCAGUGCUACCCGGAUGUUGGUGCCAUUCAGUGGACCGAGUAUUCGGAGUGCUGGUGA